AUGUACACGUAUGAUUGGAGCAACCAAAUCGUGCAUUUUAUCGAGUUGGAGGAGGUGGUGCCUCCUCUAAGGCCUAUGCGCCCUCUGCUUUUCAAGAAGUUGCCUCCUUCACAUGGGAGAAAUUGUACAACAACUUGUCUCAGACCAGGCGGAUCGCCUUCAUCUAGCACAAUUAGCAACACUUGUAGUUCUAGUAGUGCGAAUACUCUAGUAGCACAAAGACAGUUCGGCUUGUCCUCGGCUGCACGAGGGCCUGGAUCAUCGUCUUCGUCCUCGACGGCGGUCCCAGUAGAGCAGGAGGACCAAGGAGUGCAGUGGGAUGUGGAUGACUACAUCGAGGAGAAGAACGUGCCUUACGGGGGGCAGACGACAAGAAAGAAGAGAGGAAGUCCACGGCAAGCGGACGGAGAAGGAUUGACACCGAGAAGUGACACUUCAGCCCAAGAUUAUGCCUUGUAGGUCUCUCACUGUUAAAUUUUGCAACUACUUCUCAAGUACCUUUUUGUGCUGCUCACAUUUGUGGUGGCCACCUAAGUACAAAAUUUUGCAGGACCAUGGUUUACAUUUUUAUAAUCUCAAGUUCGUUUUUGAAUGACAUACAUAUCAUAAGAUGAAGGAUUGUUCGUUGUUCUAAGAGAUGCAUGGGGAUGGGCACAAGCUUCUCAAGAUGCUGCAGUCGGCAGACCAUCUAGACUUUUCGGCCAUCUGCCUCGACGGUCGCUUGCGAGGCAUGGUUGAGGACUACAACGCGCAUGCUGGCGGAAUAGACAGAGAGCCAGAAAGUCUGAAAUUUUCAUACCUCUUACUUAUGAAGAUGACACACGAGUUAAAAGUACUAGCUACUGUUUUUGAACUUGUUUUAGAGUUAGUUUUUCCAAGUUUUUAAUCCAAUGUGAAUGACGUGCUCUAACAAGAAAUUUGAGAGAGUAAGUAGUAAUUUGCGAAAUUUUUUGUAUCACCUGCUUUCAACAUCCUAUAGAUGCAUAGUAGGGUUGGUACGUGAGAUGAAACACAGAGGCUUUCCAUCAAAGAGCACAAAAUAAACAACAGAACGGUAUUAAAAGACAGUGUGAUCAUGUAUCCGUAAUGAUGUGAAUCUUCUAAGACGGAAGCAAAAAAAAUAAGAGAGAAAUCGCUUUGGAUGGUUACCAACGGAGCUGGCGGACCUUCUACCAGGAAGAAAAGGGCUGGUGGGAAAGCCUCUGGGGGAAGUGCGGCAAGUGACGCGGACGAGAGCGAGAGCGGAGACGAUGCAUCCGCUGAAGAGGAGCACGACGAGAACAAGUUUGACCCAGAGUGGGGCAAUCUUGGCUACACGAAGCUGUUGAAGCAGCUUCCGCCACAAGACGCGUGGGUACGGGGCGCUUAUCGCGACUUCAACUGCGUUGGCGUGGAAACGUGCUCUGGGGCAUCAU